UGAGCAGCGUCUCUUCCCCGCAGCAGUAUUUGGUGUGCACCUGCAGCUGGGUGAGGAUGUAAACCCCCCACUCUGUACGUGAGUGGUCCGGGCCAACAGGAACCCCUGGCUCCACCACCACCCCCCACACCGCCAUGUCCGCCGUGGAGUAGUGUGGACACUUCCUCUCCACCUCUCAGGGUUUCGGUCCUUUUGGGGUGGGUUUCCUUGGCCUCCGUUUAUGGUUUUGUGGCUGGACAUUCACCACCAAGGCCGGCGUCAUGGGGGAUCAGCAGCUGUACAAGACCAACCACAUGGGCCACGGGGCUGAGAACCUGUUCUACCAGCAGCCACCACUUGCUGUUCACAGCGGGCUGAAUCACAGCUACGGGAAUGCCAUUCCGGGAGCGGCCAUGGAGGCGCCCCAGGCUUCCCCCCUCUCCCCUCACUUUCCUCAAGACACCAGGGAUGGUCUUGGCUUGCCUGUGGGCUCCAAAAACCUCGGCCAAGUAGAUCCCGCCAGACAGGGAGGGUGGGGAGGCCACGCAGGUCCUGGAAACCACAUCCAGCUCCGAGGCAACCUGGCCAACUCGAAUAUGAUGUGGGGGGCUCCGGCCCAGGCCGAGCCCACCGACGGCUACCAGUACACCUAUUCCCAGGCCAGCGAGAUCCGGACGCAGAAGCUCACCAGUGGCGUCCUGCACAAGCUGGAUUCCUUCACCCAGGUGUUCGCCAACCAAAACUUGCGCAUUCAAGUCAACAACAUGGCCCAGGUGCUGCACACACAGUCAGCGGUGAUGGAUGGGGCCCCGGACAGUGCCCUCCGCCAGCUGCUGUCCCAAAAGCCCCUGGAGGCCCCCACAGCAUCUCUGGCCUCCCGCUACCAGCCUGGACCCCAGCAGCCUCACCCGGGGUUCACAGGGGGGCUGUCCAAGCCUGCCCUCCAGGUGGGCCAGCACCCAGGCCAAGGCCACUUGUAUUACGACUACCAGCAGCCCCUGACUCAGAUGCCGGUGCAGGGAACGCAGCCCCUGCAGGCUUCACCCAUGCUGUCCCAGCACCUACCACAGAUGCAGCAGCAUCAGUAUUACCCGCAGCCGGCCGGGCAGCCACGCAUGACGGUGCAGGACAUGCAGCCACCUCAGCAGCUCCGCCCAGCUCAGCCGCAGCCACAGCCACAACCGCAGCAGCAACAACAGCAACAGCAGCAGCUGCAGCAGCGACAGGGCUCCAUGCAGAUACCUCAGUAUUACCAGUCCCAGCCCAUGAUGCAGCACUUGCCGGAGCAGCAGUCGCAGCCGAUGCACCUCCAGCCCUCCUCCUACCAUCGGGACACCCACCAGUAUCCCCCAGAGCAGGCACACGCUGUGCAGUUGAUCCCGCUGAGCUCCAUGCCACAGUACUACUACCAGGAGCCCCAGCAGCCCUACAGCCACCCCCUGUACCCGCAGAGCCAUCUGUCCCAGCACCCGCAGCGUGACGACAGCCAGCCCAAGACCUACCCUGGUGACAGGCAGACCCCCGUGGUGCUGAGCUCCCAUGGGGACCUGGGGCCUCCGGAACCUGGAAUGACGGACUCUGCCAGCUCGGAGCUGAACCGGGUGGGCAGCUCAAUCCCCCACCGACCACUCCUGUCCCCAGGUGGGCUCCAUCUCAACAACAUGACCCCGCAGCACCAGCAGCUAUCCCCUAGUGCCACAUGGCCCCAGAUGCACAUCCCUGAUGGCAGAGCCCAGCCAGGAUCCCCGGAGUCAAGUGGCCAACCAAAAGGAAUUUUGGGGGAGCAGUUUGACACCAAGAAUAAGCUGACAUGCUCCAUCUGCCUGAAGGAGUUCAAGAGCUUGCCUGCCCUGAAUGGCCACAUGCGGUCCCACGGGGGAAUGAGGGCCUCCCCCAGCCUCAAACAGGAGGAAGGAGACAAGGCCCCGCCACCUCCGCCCCAGCCGCCACUGCCGCCUCCGCCGCCACCGCAGCUCCCUCCCGAGGCCGAGAGCCUCACGCCCAUGGUCAUGCCCGUGUCUGUCCCUGUCAAGCUUCUCCCGCCCAAGCCCAGCUCGCAGGGCUUCGCCUCCAGCGCCACGACCGCCCCCUCCGCCAGAGACAAGCCAGCCAGCUCGAUGUCGGACGACGAGAUGCCCGUGCUCGUGAGGAUGACCCUCUCUCCCCCACACUCCCCCCAAGGGACUGCCCCCCGCACGCCUGCUGACUUGGGGAGCCGCAACCCGGAGAGAAAGGAAGUGCCAGCCAAGCUCCCUCUUUGCCCGGAAGUGCCAGCUUUGGUGGGAGAUGACAUCCCCAGGAAGCACCACCCGGGUAUGGCCAAGGUCGAGGAAGCCCUCAAGACCCCCGGGGAGAAGAAGAAAUUCCGGCACCGGCCCGAGCCCCUCUUCAUCCCGCCGCCACCCUCCUGCCCCCCAUCUGCUGCCAUCACUGCGGCCACCUCAUGCUCGGGCGCCACCCUGUACCAGAGCCAGCUGCGCUCCCCGCGUGUCCUGGGCGACCAUCUGCUCCUGGACCCCACCUACGAGCUGCCCCCCUACACGCCCCCGCCCAUGCUGAGCCCUGUCCGCCAGGGCUCGGGGCUCUUCAGCAACGUCCUGGUAUCGGGGGGCCAUGGCCCUGGUGCCCACCCGCAGCUGCCAUUAACGCCCCUCACGCCCACACCCCGAGUGCUGCUGUGUCGCUCUAACAGCAUCGAUGGCAGUAGCGUGACCGUCACCCCUGGGCCUGGAGAGCAGACCGUGGACGUGGAGCCACGCAUCAACAUCGGCUUCAGAUUCCAGGCAGAGAUUCCGGAACUCCAGGAUGUCUCUGCCCUGGCCCAGGACACACACAAGGCCACUCUGGUUUGGAAGCCCUGGCCUGAGCUGGACAACCACGACCUCCAGCAAAGAGUGGAGAAUCUCCUGCAUUUGUGCUGUUCCAGUGCGUUGCCAGGCGGUGGGACUAAUUCAGAAUUCGCUCUGCACUCUCUCUUUGAGGCCAAAGGUGAUGUGAUGGCUGCUCUGGAAAUGCUGCUGCUGCGGAAACCAGUGAGGUUAAAAUGUCAUCCUUUAGCCAAUUACCACUAUGCCGGUUCCGACAAAUGGACAUCCCUAGAAAGAAAACUGUUUAAUAAAGCACUGGCCAUUUACAGCAAAGACUUUAUUUUUGUACAGAAAAUGGUGAAGUCUAAGACAGUGGCCCAGUGUGUGGAGUACUACUACACAUGGAAGAAGAUCAUGCGCUUGGGGCGGAAACACCGGACACGCCUGGCAGAGAUCAUUGAUGACUGUGUGACAAGUGAAGAAGAAGAGGAGCUGGAAGAAGAGGAGGAGGACCCAGACGAAGAUAGGAAAUGCGCCCGAGAAGAGGAGAGUGAAGUGCCCAAGUCUCCAGAGCCCCCACCAGGCCCAAAUCUGGCAGCCACUGAGGGGCCGCCCAUGCAGGCUUUGAGCCAACCCUCCAGUUCCUUCAUCUGUGAAAUGCCCAACUGUGGAGCUGUGUUCAGCUCCCGACAGGCACUGAAUGGCCACGCCCGCAUUCAUGGAGGCACCAACCAGGUGACCAAAGCCCGGGGUGCUGCCCCGUCUGGCAAGCAGAAGGCUGGCAGUGCCCAGAGCGGGUACUGCUCGGUGAAGAGCUCGCCCUCUCACAGCACGACCAGCGGCGAGACAGACCCCACCACUAUCUUCCCUUGCAAGGAGUGUGGCAAGGUCUUCUUUAAGAUCAAGAGUCGCAAUGCACACAUGAAGACACACCGGCAGCAGGAGGAGCAGCAGAGGCAGAAGGCACAGAAGGCGGCCUUCGCAGCGGAAAUGGCGGCCACCAUCGAGAGGACUACAGGGCCAACUGGGGCGCCAGGGCUGCUGCCCUUGGACCAGCUGAACCUCAUCAAACCUAUUAAAGACGUGAGCAUCCUCGAUGAUGAUGUGGUACAGCAAUUGGGUGGCGUCAUGGAAGAGGCUGAGGUCAUGGACACGAAUCUCCUCCUAGAGGAUCAAGAAUCCGUCCUGCUGCAGGGGGACGCGGAACUCUAAACCCUGGGGUCUCACUGGUAGACCACAUACCCCUAAGGCCUCCAUCAUCAUCGUUCCCAAGUCAGGAAUCCUGGUCUGCCUGCCUGUUUCAUAACCAUUUUAAACUACCUGUUUAAAAAGUGGUCAUUUUAUUCAGGUUUGCGGGGGAAAACAAUGCCAGUUUUCUUUUAUUUAAAAUAAUGUUUUUUGUUCUGUGGGAGGUUGGAAGGAAUACAUAAUUGGCACAACUCUUUUUUCUUUUUUAAAGAGGCAUUUCAUCUGGCCUGCAUUACCAUGAACUCCUUCCUUGAGGAAGGAAACUGAGGCUCGUGUGCUUUUGCUUUCAGAAAACAGCCAUCUUGGUUGCAUUUUAUCCCAAAGCUUGCUGUGAAUGAGUGACUGUGAUUGUGUGUGUGAGUGUGUGUG